AUGCAUGUAGAGAAGAGAGAUCGCCGCCAUUGCGCAAUGAUUGCCAGAAUCGAUGGCUCAAAAUUUAUGGUUCAAGAGGAAACGGAGGGAAUUGAUGGGAUAAUUGGGAGGAUCAGAUUGGGUGAUCCAUGGCCCGGGAAGAGGAGAUGUUAUGUCAGUAAGUUUAUAAAAGGCAUGAACUAGGUUCAGUGAUAUUUGCUGAUGGUUACAUUGACCUCUUGGAGAGAAAUUGCUACUAAAAUUUUUUAUGUCGAAAUUCAAAAAAGGCGCUCAACUUUCGGCUUAAAAAUCUCGGCUGUUUCUGUAAAGCGCGGAUUGAAAAUCUAGCCCACGGCUUGGAAAAGUACAGUGAAUGGACCUGAUCGAGUAGCAAAAAAUGUACCAUUUUGCAUCUCGGAAGUAUCCAAAAUGUGGCAAAAUGCUUCCCUCUUCAAAUGAAAAAACUUGGUUUUGAAGUGAAAAAACCUUUGUCUUACAAAAAGAACGGGCGCGCUUUUGAAAUCAAAGGUUUUUCACUUGACGGGGGAAGCAUUUCGCCACAUUUUUGAUGCUUCCCGGAUGCAAAAUGGUACAUUUUUUGCCACUCUGGUUCCCCACUGCACGGCAUUCUGUACUUUUGGGACACAACCGGUCUCCAUGAUUUUUUUCUAUUUUUUCAAAGUAGACCUCCUUCUUUAAUACAUUGCUCGCUAGCCGUUGAAGCUAGAGACUUGAAAAUUGGCAUGGGUAUAGAGUAAAUGUUCCGCUUCCAGAAUAUAUAAAUAUUGUAAUGAACCCCGCGCUGUAAGCUCCACAAUAAGAUGCGAAAAUAUUUCAUUCUUAAAACUUCUUGCACCUAAAAGGUCAUUAUGCAAGAUCGAAAUGACAAAUUUUAAAAUGCUGAUGUGUGCAGAAUUUUUUUUUCUAUCAGAUACUUAAAUUUCGUGGAGUUGUAUACGAAAAUGGCUGUGCUACGUACGAAAAACUGAGUUUCAUAGUGUGUUUUUUUGAAAUUUUUGGAAUAUCUCUGCCCUCAGGGCACAGAUAAAUGAAGUUCCGACUCACGUUUGUUGCCGAUGAUGACAUAUGUAGCCUUGCCAAAUUACAAUGUUAUAUCUUCAAAAUCAAGGGAGCUAUUCGCUUUUCAACUUUUUUUCUCACUGAUGUACAACAACGAUGUCAAGAAUGUCCAACUAUGGAUUGUAGAGCUCGAAGAGCUCUACAAAUUACCCGCUUACAUCUUCUUCGUAUCUUUAAAAUUACGGCCGCCAGGGCGGCCGGAAAUUUCGGUCGAUUUUUGGUGCACCGUGCGAAAAAAAUCGCCCUCAGGGCAACAAGCGGAACUGAGCAAAUUGAUCAUACGGGUGCUAUUGGGAACAAAAUAGACUACCAUAGUGCCAAGUUUCAAGUCGCUACCUUCACUAUCCCCCCACAAAGAUGGGCUGAAGCCCAUUUUUGAUAAAAAAAAGUUGAAAAGCGAAUAGCUCCCGUGAUUUUGGAGAUAUAACAUUGUAAUUUGGCAAGGCUACAUAUGUCAUCAUCGGCAACAAACGUGAGUCGGAACUUCAUUUAUCUGUGCCCUGAGGGCAGAGAUAUUCCAAAAAUUUCAAAAAAACACACUAUGAAACUCAGUUUUUCGUACGUAGCACAGCCAUUUUCGUAUACAACUCCACGAAAUUUAAGUAUCUGAUAGAAAAAAAAUUCUGCACACAUCAGCAUUUUAAAAUUUGUCAUUUCGAUCUUGCAUAAUGACCUUUUAGGUGCAAGAAGUUUUAAGAAUGAAAUAUUUUCGCAUCUUAUUGUGGAGCUUACAGCGCGGGGUUCAUUACAAUAUUUAUAUAUUCUGGAAGCGGAACAUUUACUCUAUACCCAUGCCAAUUUUCAAGUCUCUAGCUUCAACGGCUAGCGAGCAAUGUAUUAAAGAAGGAGGUCUACUUUGAAAAAAUAGAAAAAAAUCAUGGAGACCGGUUGUGUCCCAAAAGUACAGAAUGCCGUGCACUGUAAUUCAAGUUUAUGCAAAUUUUUACACUUUUCAAACACGUCGUGAGUUAAACGACCAAUGUUUCAUAGCUAAAAAAUUUUUUAAUCGUACUGUGUUCACAAACCUUCUACCAACUUACUUUCUCUCCUUUUUUCAGCCACCAUCAAGGCUGAAAAGCUGACAUUCGACUUUGAGCCAACGCUGAGCAACAAAGAGAUUCCGGAAAUGGAAUUUUACGACCACAAGGUUUUUGAUGAUGAGAUUACGUCGUUCGAGUGA